AUGAGUAACAGCGCCUUGCUAUACCGACUGUCCGUCCAACAUGCUCAUCCACUCGGUCCUUGGCAAGCAAUUUUGGGAGCUGUCACGAGGCAUCAUACAAAGUGGGAAUUGUCAUCCGUAACAAAUAAUAAUAAUAAUGAGGCCAAGGUAGGUGCUGUGUUUCGGGUCCUGGAUUUGGCAAGUGGACCGAGAGGGGAGCCCGGUACUACCAUCGCCCAUGCGCUGCCUUUGGCACUCGUACAUUGCACGGAUUCGUGUGCCUUGGCCGUUGCCGAUAUACCUGUUGUAGCAUUGCCGGUGACGACACUCGUCGCAGUGUUACCACCAGCUGUAGAUGAUGAUGAUGAUGAUGAUGAGCAGCCAGAUGAUCUGUCAAUCCUAAUAACACCACCGCCCAAAAAUCUAACGAAAUCGGUCCAAGAUUUGACCAAUUUAUCAUCGUACAAGUCCAAUACGAUAAAUGCUAUUGUGUGCUGUUACGGCUAUGGCUUGUCAAAGCGAAUCUACACCUCCGCCUUGCAAGAAGCGCAUCGAGUACUGGCACCCGGUGGAAUCUUGGCCAUUGCCACGUGGCAAGAGUCAGCGAUUGCUUAUCGAUCUGGACCCGAGAUGUCUUCGGGGCGGGGGGGGGUUUUUCGGGGUUUACUGGGCGGCGGGGGGGACUUUUCUUUUUUUUCCCAGCGCGUCUUUCUUUCGGGCUGGCGGCCCUCCUUCUGUACUAGUUCAGAGGAGGAAUGGUUCUUACCACCUAUAGUUGAACCACUACAAGACAUUGAACUGAGUGCCGAGGGUGAAUUGGAAGCGCUGUUGCAAACUGCGGGUUUUGUUGACGAUUCUCAAUCAUCAGGACAGGAAGAGGGGGGUCCAGUAGUAGAUGCAGCUGUGAUUACUACGCGGGGAAUGGGAUACCCGUAUGACUUGGGGGAUACACCCUUGGAUCAAUUCGACAUGGGAACGAUUUUGAUUCGAGAGGAACUCGAGGAGUUGGGGUCUCUUCGCCAGGAAGGAAGUGUGAAUGCGGGUGGGUGGAGCAGCUUGGCCGAAGAAGGUUUUUGGAGGAACAUUCGAAAGUACAUUGACACUCCUGAAACGACGACAACAAGUGCAAACAGCGGCAAUAGGAAUCCUAUGCUUUUGAAAGACAACAUUUUCAAGCUGACGGUCGCUACGAAAUCAUAUGUUGUUUCUGCAUCAUAA